CCUUCAUGCUUAAAAGAUAACACAGAGGAGAUAAAUGUUCCUUCCUGCAGGCGGGUGAAUAAUUACGCUAGCCAACCGUGGAUCAUACAUGAUCCUUGCCUCCCACGUUAUGGCAGGAUAAUUGUGUUGCCAUGGCGAUGCAAUCUGCUGCUAUCACUUUGGUCCUCCGCCACACUGGAACCAGAGGGAGGUCCAAAGCCGCACAUUCAUCCGCAUGUUCGAGAAGAGACGGCGUCCGGGCACGUCGAGGGGCUCUCUGGGUUAUUCUAAUAAAAGGAAGAAGGGUCGUUAACAUCUUAUUCUGCUGACCCCAUUGCAGGCUCCAUCUUUACAAACAUAUGCUGUGUGGAUCCUUUCACCUCUCCUCCUCCCACGCAGACCUCCCAGGCGCUCCUCUCCGCCGGAGGCUCCGCGCAACAACCAACAAUCAGCCGCUCGGUGGUGAAAUAAAAAAAAAAAAAAAAAAAAAAAAAAAAAAACAAUCAAAAAAACAGGCGAUAACGGUGAAGAUGAUGGUGAUGAUGAUGAUGAUGAUGGUGAUGAUGAGCGGAGAUACUGUGUGUGGGCAACAGUAGUUCAUUAUCGGCUGCGUGGUGCAGACAGAGAAAGAGAGAGGGAGAGAGAGAUCCACAUGAGGUGUGAGGAGCGUCUUGGGCAGGCUGACAGAAGCGUCUUCAGGGAGGACAAGCAGUUGAAGACGGAGGGAUCUGUCUCCUCAUGACGGCUUGAAACAGGUUUCCCACGAGACCUGCCUUCUGGACCAGGUGCUGGAUCUGAUUAUGAACGAGAAGCCCCCCACCAGCGCCAGUCUUUUCCUAAACGAGGACUCGGACAAACCCCCUCUGCCAGAGAGAGGAAGCUUGAAGAGGCGUCUACGCAGGGCCAUGGAGAGGAGAGCCAGCAGCAUGAAGGAGAGGAUGAGCUCCAUCAGCCGGGACAGCGUCAAAGGUUUCCUCAAGAGGAACCUGUUCGUCCUGUUAACUGUCGCCGCUGUGGCCCUAGGUGUAAUCCUGGGCUUUGCUUUACGCCCCCACAACCUGUCCCUGAGGGAGAUCAAGUACUUCGCCUUUCCUGGGGAGCUACUGAUGAGAAUGCUGCGGAUGCUGGUGCUACCUCUCAUCGUCUCCAGUCUGGUCACAGGUAUUUCCUCGUUGGACAGCAAAGCGUCAGGUAAGAUGGGUUUGCGCGCAGUGGUCUACUACAUGGUGACCACCCUGAUCGCAGUGUUCAUCGGCAUUGUCACCGUGAUGAUCAUCCAGCCGGGGAAAGGCAGCAGGGACAGUCCUUUGGACAAAAGUGGAAACAUAGAGCCAGUUCAGACUGCUGAUGCUUUCCUGGAUCUCAUCAGGAACAUGUUUCCUCCCAAUCUGGUGGAGGCUUGUUUCAAGCAGUAUAAAACUGUGUACAAGAAGACUGUGCACACAAGGAAUGUGACGGUGACCCUGAACCUCACCGACUCUCUAAAUGUGACAGACUCCAAGCUGAACAUGAACCUCAGCAGGGUGCUGCACACCAUACAGGAGACAGUAGAGGAGACGGUCCCUGUGUCCGGCUCCUCUGCCGGAGUGAACGCUCUCGGUUUGGUGGUUUUCUCCAUGUGCUUCGGUCUGGUCAUUGGCAACAUGAAGCAGAAGGGCCAGGCCCUCAGGGACUUCUUCGACUGCCUGAAUGAAGCCAUUAUGAGGCUGGUGUCCAUCAUCAUCUGGUAUGCUCCAGUGGGCAUCCUGUUCCUGAUUGCCGGAAAGAUUGUGGAGAUGAAGAAUCUGGCAGAGGUGGGUGGCCAGCUUGGGAUGUACACCGUCUCUGUCAUUGUGGGUCUCCUCAUCCAUGGCCUCUUUGUCCUGCCACUGCUCUACUUCCUGGUGACCAGGAAGAAUCCUUACAGCUUCAUUGGUGGCAUACUGCAGGCGCUCAUCACUGCUCUGGGAACCUCAUCCAGCUCUGCCACCCUGCCCAUCACCUUCCGCUGUCUGGAGGAGAACAACCGCGUGGACAAACGAGUGACACGCUUCGUCCUCCCUGUGGGGGCCACUAUUAACAUGGAUGGCACCGCCCUCUAUGAGGCUGUGGCCGCCAUCUUUAUUGCGCAAGUCAAUGACAUGGACCUUAAUUUUGGCCAGAUUCUCACCAUCAGUAUCACGGCAACUGCUGCCAGCAUUGGAGCAGCAGGCAUCCCUCAGGCUGGCCUGGUUACCAUGGUGAUAGUAUUGACAUCGGUGGGACUGCCCACCGAGGACAUAACACUGAUCAUCGCCGUGGAUUGGUUCUUGGACCGCUUGCGUACCACCACCAACGUGCUGGGUGACUCGCUUGGGGCUGGCAUCGUGGAGCACCUCUCCCGUAGAGAGCUGCAGAGUCAGGAUGCUGAGGUGCGCAACUCUGUGAUCGAGGAGAAUGAGAAGCCCUACCAGCUUAUCUGCCAGGAAAAUGACACACUCAAUCACCGCAACAGUGAGACCACGAUGUGAAGACCAGUGCUAUGCCCCGAAGAGCUUCGUGUACCAAAAGCAUUUUAGCUAGAGGGUUGGCUUGCAACAGUGCAGGAACGGUCUUAGAAAAUGGUAGUUCUUGGUCAACUCAGCCAGUUCCCUGGGGCAAAGCCUGGCCCGGGGUUGUUUGACUACAGGAAAUAAGCACACAAGCUGUUUAGGAACAGUUACACAUCCUAUGCCUACAAUCUGAUACUGUCUGUGCCAGUUAUUUAGGGGCAUUUUGCUGUUUGAUGACUGUUUAAAUCAAUGUCAGACGAGGCUCAUCACGUCAGAGACAGCUGAAAGUAAUUUUUAAAAAGUCUUAAGCCUCAUUGCGUUUUCACAGAUUUGUAUAAUUUAUCAUCCAUACAGUCAGUCACCAGUGUUAGAAUACAAAGUAUUAAAGAAAAAAACAGCCCAUUCUCACUCCCAACACACCAAAUGCAGCUGCCUGGUCAAUGACCCUGCACUUUAAAGCUUGAAGCUGUAUUUACCCCUCCAGUGUCAGUUGUUGAAGUGACCCUAGGCAGUAGUAUAAAGAGCAAGAAAGUCUGAGACAAGGGAUAGCUGGGGUGCUCAGGUGGGUCCAGCAUUCAUGACCCAUAUGUCACCUAAUCCUACCUCCUAACCCAAGUAUUGUGUUUAUGCGAAACCUCAUACAAGGUUUAUACUACUACUUUAUACUACCAUACUUUAUCUUACCUCAGCCGAACCAAGUAUUUUUUAAGCCUAAUCCUAACCAAGCAGUGUUUUUGCCUAAGCCUAACAAUACCACUACCAUUUGACAACAUUAAUAACAUUCCAAAAGUCAUAUAUCAUUCUAUGUAAGCUGUAGUCUCACUGGUGGUUGCAAAUAGCGUGUUAGUGCUAACUUGACCGUAAAACCAUAUACAAAACUGACACUAGAACGGUUUGUAGAGGGUCACAGUUUGAAGCUUAAGGCCACUGAUCAAGCUGCUGUAAUGGAUGAGAUGGGACUGAGAACAUGUUGAGAAAAACAAACAUUCAUAUACAUGGAGUUAAACAUCUGAUUUUCCAAUCUUGCAAAUAACAAAAUCUGCAUAAUUUGGCUAUUUCUUUUGCAUGAGCUGAUACAUAUUAUUUGCAAACACUUGCCUUUGUCAUUUUCAUUAUGACUACCUCUAGUAGGACUUAGACACGGAGCUUCUACAGCACUACACACAAUAUUCAAGCAUAUCAGCAGAAUGUAAAUACAUCGAUCUCUGCACUGUUUUUUUUUUUUUUUUUUUUAAAUAUUUCUUAAUAUAAUUUACGCUUUCUUGUCCUUGUACAAUUUUGGAUGUACCUGACUGUUAAACACUGGAGGAUGGUGUGGAGGAGAAUCCUUGUUGUUUUGCAUAAAUAUUAUAUUUGUGUAUUCUUUCUUGUAUUUCUUUGGUGCUAUUGCUUUUAAACUGUACUGUAGUUAUACUAUGUCUGAAACUCUUUGAUUCACUUCUUUGUACAUCAAACAGGUGAGGGAAAUAUCAUACAAGAGAAUGAUAAAUCUGUUUCUUUUGAGUUAUUUGUUUCCUUUUUUCCUCCAAAUUUCAGAUUUGGUUGUUCUUGCAUAUAAUUUUAACAUCAUUACUGAUGUAUAAAGUAUUAACAAAUGUAGUUUCAUGACCAUUAGAAGAUAUUUCAUUGUUGGUCACAUUGUGCUUGACAUCAAUAUACCCUUGAAUUGUGUUUUCUGUUUUAUAAUUCAUAUACCAACUAAAUAUGGUAUUUAAUUCUGUGUUAUUUUGACUGGAGUGAUAUAUUGCAAGCUAAAGAUGGAUUCAUUUUUAUUGUUUUGUGAAAAGGUACUGUGAAGAAAGCUUGUCAAUGCUGUGAGGAAUUGAAUGUACAAAUGCUUUAUGCUUUUUGGUGUUGGUUGUUUUAGAGGACAGUGUAGUGCAUAAUUAUGAAAGUGAAAAGUUGUGUAUCAUUUAACUAAACGCUCUUCUGACUUUGUGUUGGUUACAUGCUCAUGAAGAGGUCUGACUUUAGUUUCCAUGCUUGAUGUUAUUUGAGUAAAAAGCUCAACAUUUUUGAUGGACUGCUUUUGAAAAAUGUGAAAAGUAAAUGGCUCAGGAAUUGAA